AUGGCCUUCACCUUCUCCACUUUGAAACAGCUCCACCCCCAUAAUCCACUUCGUUCCUUCACUCUCUCACACAUCACCCCACAGCAACAGCAAGAACACUCAAAACCCACAGUCAGUCGAAGAAUUAUCGACAAAAUUCAACAAGGGUUUUCAUCUUUCGACUCUAAAGAUGAAAGGGUAGAGAAAAAACCAGUAGACAACGAAAAAAGGGUCGUAAAAGAGAAAGAUAAGAAUUCGAGAAACAGGGUUGUUUCUAAAAAAGCGAGACAUAACGAUUCAAACGAAAAGCUUUCGAAAAAUACAGGUGAUUCAGGAACUGGAAAGAGGUUUAAAAAGCCUAAAAAGGGAAAACUUGAAUCACCAUUACUGAUCCUGCGUCUCAGUUUAGAAAUUUGUUCGAAAUUAGGCGAUGUAAUGGCUUCUAUAGGGGUCGUUCAGCCUGCAAAAAGUGGCAGAUCAGAUACGAAUUCAAAUAACCCAGAAUUAUCAAACUAUAAUUCUGAAAAUUUUGAACGAUUUCAAACCCUAGAUGAUUUAAUCCACUUGAUAAACGAUCACAAGGGUUCAACCACUAGAACCGGAAUUAAAGUAAGCGAAAAUUUGAAAGAAUAUGCACUCAAAAGGGGUUUUGAAAUUUAUAAACAGAUGGUUUCUGAUGAAGUCGAAAUGAAUGAAGCAAUCUUAACAUCUCUAGCUAGAAUGGCAAUGUCUAGAAAUGAUGGGCAAAUGGCGUUUGAUUUGGUAAAACAAAUGAAAGAUUUGGGGAUAAACCCUAGAUUACGUUCAUAUAGUCCUGCUUUAUCUGUUUUUUGUAAUAAUGGAAAUCUUGAAAAGGCUUUUGAGGUUGAAGAACAUAUGUUAUGCCAUGGUGUGUACCCUGAGGAACCCGAACUUGAAGCCCUUUUGAGAGUGAGUAUAGAAGCUUCUAGAAGUGAUAAAGUUUAUUACUUGUUGCAUAAAUUAAGAACAAGUGUAAGAAAAGUGUCGCGUUCUACUGCGGAUGUGAUUGAAAAGUGGUUCAAAAGUAAGAUUGCUUCAAGAAUUGGGAAAAGAAAAUGGGAUCAACGUUUGAUUGAUGAAGCGGUUGAAAACGGUGGUGGGGGGUGGCAUGGGGUAGGGUGGUUGGGUGGUGGGAAAUGGAAUGUUGUGAGAUCGGUUGUUGGAAAAGAUGGAUUGUGUAAAUGUUGUGGUGAAAAAUUGGCAACUAUUGAUCUUGAUCCUAUAGAAACCGAACUCUUUGCUGAAUCGGUUGCAAAAAUAGCUAGAGAAAGAGAGAGGAAUUCGAGCUUUGAGAAAUUUCAAAAAUGGCUUGAUUACUAUGGACCAUAUGAAGCAAUUGUAGAUGGAGCAAAUGUUGGUCUUUUUAGUCAAAGAAGAUUCAAACCAUCUAAGGUCAACACCAUUUCAAAUGGAAUUAGACAGAUGCUUCCUUCCAAGAAAUGGCCAUUGAUUAUCUUGCAUAAUAAACGUAUAAACGAUAGUAAAAUGGAUGAAGGGAUUAACAAGACGCUAUUUGAAAAGUGGAAAAAUGCUGAUGCGCUCUAUGCAACACCUACCGGAUCAAAUGAUGAUUGGUACUGGUUAUAUGCAGCUAUAAAAUUUAAGUGCUUACUUGUGACUAAUGAUGAGAUGAGAGAUCAUUUGUUUCAACUCUUGGGGAAUGAUUUCUUCCCAAAAUGGAAAGAAAGACAUCAAGUGCGAUUCCACUUUUCUGAGACGGGUCCCGUGUACCACAUGCCACCUCCAUGUUCGGUUGUGAUUCAGGAAUCAAGAAAAGGGCAUUGGCAUAUUCCUAUUGCUUCAGAACAAGAGUCCGAAGAGGAGAGAGAGUGGGUGUGUGUAACGCGUGAAGGAAAGGGGGUUGAGAGGUUGGAUUCUGAAAAGGAAGCUCGGGUAAAUACACGUACACCAUUAAUGUUAAAGAAUCAAGAAGUACGUGAAACUCUAAAACAAACUGUUUUGUCAACUGUUCCUGUAAAUGGAAGUACAAUUUUGACACAAAUUACUGAAGCAGAGAAGCUUGGAGACUGUAUAUUAGAUUUUCAUAUAUGAUAUCAAUGGAGGAUUUGUCAUUAAAUUUCUGAAGGCACUUUUUUUUUUGGUAAUGGUCCAUGUCUAGGUAGUUAUUGUAAUUUGGUUG